CUCGAAGCGGUUUCCUAGGCGGUUGUGCGGCGGGAGCGGCGUCGGGCCGAGGCCAUGGCGGCGGCUGCCCCCGCUGAGCUGCCGUUAGAAGAGUUGAAUUCAGAAUUGCAGAAAACCCUUGACAGUGACUCUGACAGCGGACAGGGCAGCUGUGAAACAGCCUCUCCCAGUCACUUCAGCAAGGGGAUGGCCACUCUGGAUGACAGAGAUUCAGAGGAAGAGAUUUUUGUGUGUAAAAAAGCAAAAAGCAAGAAGGUUCUGCAGGACAGUGAGAGUGAGGAUGGGGAGGAUGGCAGCUCUUUUGUGCAGAACAAUACUCAGAGUGGAGACGUGGAAAGUGGAGAGCAACAAGAGAAUGUUACUGCCCAGAGGAACAAGAAGUGUCAUCGGAUUCGCCAGGGUCUGCUAGACAGUGAUGACAGUGACACUGGUGACCAACUGCAGAUUGACAACCUUGAAACAAGCAACAAGCCUGGCUUGCCUGAGAAUGAAUUGGAAGAGGAGAAACCCCUAAAAUCUGGGAAAAAGAGCAAAAAACAUAGACAGCAGAAACCUGAUUUUGAGGAAGAGACAUCACAAAGAAGUGUAGGAAAGCCAAGGAGAAGAAAGGAGAAAGAGGGAAGAAUUGAAUCCAUUAAACAGCUGAAAAAAGAAAAGAAGCCUCGAGCAGAGCAGGUGGACGGUGCCGAGCAGCAUCCUCUUAACGACAGCGGAUGUCUUCUUGAUGACAAAGAGCUUUUUGAUAAUGGCUUAGAAGAGGAAAAUGAUUCCCCCCCAGAGGAUGAAGAGUCAAUAGAAUCGAUUCGAGCAGCAGUGAAAAACAAAGUUAAAAAAUACAAGAACAAAGAACGGUUUUCUGAGGGUGAGGGCUACAAACAUGGAUUUGGUGAUGAUGAGAGAGAGGAACCUGCAUUAAAAGAGAAAAGAAAGGAGCGGAAAGCAGCGAGGUUAAGUAAAGAAGCCAUUAAACAACUACACAGUGAGAGCCAACGGCUUAUUAGAGAAUCAUCUGUGUCUCUCCCAUAUCAUGUGCCUGAGACCAAAAGCAUUCACGACUUCUACAAACGUAGACCUCGACCAGUGUGUCAAGGAAAUGCCAUGGCACUGCUGAAGUCUUCUAAGUACCAGCUAUCCCUAAAUGGAGAAUCUACGAACACUAAGAACUUGAACACGGAUUGCAAAGAUGGGCAAAUAGAUGGUGAUCAGUCAGCAGCUAAUGAACCAGAAACAAGCCUUGGCAGAGAUGUUGAUACAUCUGUGAACAAGCCUCUUGCUGAUGUAGGGCAGGAUUUGACAGAAGACAAUGCUGAAAAGCCUAGGCAAGACAGUGAUGGUUCUCAUACAGUAAGGGCUGAUAAUACAGAACAGCAGCAGCAGUCUAACUUCCUAAGCACUGACUGUAGCAAACAAAAAGAGAAUGAAGUUCCUGUUGCAGUUGGAGGAGAUGCCCUUGAGCAAAGAGAUGGAACAGCAUCAGACUUGCAGUGUGAAAAAAGCAAUCAACAUGUGGAGCCUGGGUCAGUGGCACAACCUGAGAAAGCGAGGAAGUCCAAGCUGGAUAAACUUCGUGAGCUGGGAAUUGACCUGUCCAUCAAGCCAAGAAUCUGCUCUGACAAUGAAUCCUUUAUCAACCUCGAUGAAUCAGACUCAAAUAAAGAAUUAGAAGCCUUGAAAGCACGUUUCCUGAAGCACACCCUUCACACGACAAGUUCCAAAGCAGAACGAACCAUAAACAUGAACAUUAUCCGUAAGGAAACAACAUCUGAAGGAAAAGAGGAGCUGAAAGCAGCUGUGGUACCUGCAGUGUUAGCUGCAGAGGGCCUGGAUGAAACACUCCACACAAAGCCAGGUGAGAAGCUGCAAGCACUCAAGGCCAAGCUGCAGGAGGCCAUGAAGCUGCGCAGGACUGAGGAACGCCAGAAGCGGCAGGCGCUCUUCAAACUGGAUAAUGAGGAGAUGCUGGAGGAAGAAGAGGAGGAGGAGGAGGAAGAAGAGAUGACAGAUGAGUCUGAGGAAGAAGACAACGAUGAGAAUGUGGAAUUUCUGCAUGGUGAAGCAGAGGAAGAUAAUGAAGAUACAGAAGAGAAACACGUUGAAGAUGGUGAUAAAGAAACCGACAAAGAAUCGAUUGAUGGAGAAAAGCCAGAGAAAUCUGUGCACUGUGAUUCUGUUCCCAAACCACCUUCAACAGAGUCUACACUGAUGCUUUUUAAGGACAGCUCCUCAAAAAUGGGAUACUCUCUUCCCGAUGAGAAACUUGAACUGGAAGAAGCUGCAGACAAAGGACCUACCAAGUUAGAGGAUGAUGAUUCAUUUUCUCUACCAACACUAGCAAAAGAGAAUAGCCACAACAGCAGCUUUGAGUUGAUUGGCUCCAUGAUUCCAUCCUAUCAGCCCUGUAAUAAACAAAUGUCACGUGGAGGGAACUUCUUAUCUGCAGCAGGAGGUUUCAGGUCACCUUCCCCAGGCUUUUUCAAAACAAGCUUUAUCAGCUCUGCUUCCAAGAGCUCAGGAAAGACAUCUGAGCCCUCUCUUCCCAUAGAAGAUUCCCAGGACCUGUAUAAUGCUUCUCCUGAGCCUAAGAGUUUAUUUCCAGGGGCUGGGGAGUCACAGUUUCAAUUUUCUCUGGAAGAUGACACUCAGAGCCAGCUGCUUGAUGCAGAUGGGUUCUUGAAUGUUGGACAACACAGGAAUAAAUACCAGUCCUCAAAGCAUCAGCUGACUCUGGCAAGUAUGGAUGAGAAUGCCAUGGAUGCCAACAUGGAUGAACUGUUGGACUUGUGCUCUGGACAGUUUAACAGUCAGGCUGAACACGUGCCCAAUGCCAGCAGCAACAAAAAGCAGAACAUGGAAGAAUUGCUCAAUCUUUGCUCAGGAAAAUUCGUGUCUCAGACAGGUUCCCCAACGUGGGCAUCUUCAGUGUCUUCCAAGGCAGAAAAAGACAGUGACAUAGAAGAUCCGAUGGCAGAAGCUCUAGCACUUUGUUCAGGCUCCUUUCCCACAGACAGGGAAGAGGAAGAUGAGGAGGAGCAAGAGGAACUUGGUGAUUUUCAGCUUUUAACAGAUGACAAUGCCUUUGAUAGUGAAGAGGGUGAGAAAAGUGAAGAUAGCAAUGCUGAAGAGGCAGAAAUGAGUGAUGAAGAAGAAGAACUACUGAGACAUAGGCAGGGCUUGAAGAAAAAGCUAAAACUCCAGGAUUUCAUGGAAGAUGAGGCAGAGCUGUCAGGGAGUGAUGUGGGAAGUGAGGAUGAAUAUGAUGGUGAAGACCUGAACGAGUAUGAGGAAGAGAUGAUUGAUGAGGAACUCCCCAGUGAAGUGGAAUUAGAAAACCAAAUAAAGAAGUUUCACAUGAAGGCAAUGCUUGAUGAUGACAAGCGUCAGUUACGCUUGUACCAGGAGAGAUACCUCCUUGAUGGUGACCUGCACAGUGAUGGCCCUGGCAGAAUGAGGAGAUUCAGAUGGAAAAACAUAGACUAUGCUUCACAGAUUGACUUGUUUCAGAGAGAAUCAGAUAACGAGGAGGAAAAUGAAGAGUUUGACGAGACAGAAGCAAAAUGGAGGAAAGAGAGAUUUGAACGAGAGCAGUGGCUUCGUGAGCAGAAAGAGAAAAAUAAAGAGGAGGAGGAGGAGGAAGAAAUCGGUGAGGACAGCCAGUUCAUGAAACUAGCCAAAAAAGUAACUGCUAAGUCCCUACAGAAGAAAGCAAGCCCAGCAGUAGUGGUACAAGACACACCAUUGUUACCCAGGAGCCCAUUUGAAACGUUCAGACCUGCCAGUGACAUCCAGAUAAAAAACGGGUCUCUGUUGAACAGGCCUAAAGCUGUCCUUCAGAAACUAGCAGCAAUGUCAGAUCUUAAUCCAAAUGCACCUCGAAACUCAAGGAAUUUUGUCUUCCAUACACUUUCCCCAGACAAGAAUGAAGAGGCAAAGGAGAAAUCAAAACAGCAGGUAAAGAAAAGAGGCCCUGCUGCAGCAAUUACCUCUCUGGCCAAACGGCCCAGGGUGGAGAGCACAGAGGAAACGAGUCAAAGCCGAAGCAUAUUCCAGUACUUGGAAAGCUGAAUGUUUCUGUUUAGAGCCACAGGUUGUAUCUCCUCUCCUUGCCAGUUGCAGUUUGUUUUGCCAGUCUCCCAGCAUUCAUGAGGAAGGUAAACAAACUGUUGUACAUUCUCCUACUGCCACUUAGUUCUCACGUUCCAGUCAUUUCCAGGCAAUGGACUUGUUUAUUCCCCUUUGGUUUUUCUCAGUGCUCUGUGGCAAACGAGCACAAAUUCCAUGCUUGGUCUGGGAUGAAAUGCUAAGUUGAUCUUUCCCAAGCAUUAAGAAACUCACACUACUGUACACUGUCCCCACUGAAUCUCGUGUUUCAGUGCUAUUGAUUCCAUCUGGAAAUACCCUUUGUGUGACAGGUAUGAGGCAGAAAUGCUGCAGUUAGCUUAAAGCAUGGAUGGAGGAGGAAUUCCUGCAGUUUUGGGUGAGAAGAGAGCAGUGUUGACUGGGAGGACAUACGCUGUUUACACGUGCAGGAUGAAGGAUGGCUCUGGUUUCCUCUCAUAUCUUCUUUUCCCUGAUGUGACUCAUUUAUUAGCUUGUCAUUUUUAAGAAGCUCUUAUUUGAAAUGGCCACUUGUCUCAGAGGCCUCAGUCUUUGGUGAGGCACUAGGACAGGGAUUUCUUUCCAAGCUUUUAUUACUGUUCAAAUUCUCACAUGUGCAUAUGAAUUUGUGUGUGUGGAGAGGGAAGAAUGUGAGUAUCAGAUGUGGGAGAGGAAAAAGAGGUGUGUCUGGGGUUUUUUGUUUGCUUGAGGGGGGACUGUUUGGUUUGUUUUGCCCAACUGAAGACUCUUGUAUCACUCAUUCCGUUGUUUUCAUGCAAGCUGCACUCACCUGAGACACACCAUCCAUUUCUGAACAGUGACAGGCCUCCUCUAGAAUGAGCAAAGAUCAUAAGGAUCCAUCAUUCCCAACUGUUGUAAAUAGUGUGGGAGAGACUUGAGGUGGAACAUACAGCAUUUCUGAUCCAUGUUGAGUAUCAGAAAGCAGGGACUAGAUGAUGAUAAGCCAGUGGCCUGCUCUAUAAGCCUCAACAUCUUUCCAGGGCUUGAUGUCACACAUGUAGGCUGCCAUCUGUCAAAGAAGCAUCCUGAGCUGUAAAUUUUGUAACAUCUGAUGUGCUACAUGUAAAAUACUUCACUGUAUAUUGUGUUUAUAAAGAACUAUGGUACUAAUUGGAGUUUUUACAAU